AUGAAACUCCUCCUCUUUUCCCUCAUUCUCUCCCGUUUUCUUCUCUCCCACGCAUUACCUCUUCUACAAAUCUCCCCCAGAACAACCUACCCGUUAAACUCCUUCUCGGGCCUAGGCCAACUCCGCACUCUCUCCACGGACCGCGUUGCGGGCAAUCCCGACAUAGGCUGUCUCACAUCCGCCGGCGCCUGGACAACCGACGAGCGGAAAUGUGGUGUGUUUCGUGCUGUGAGAAGCGAUGUGCACCAUAUCACUAUUGAGAGCAUCCCUGUUCUCACUUCAAUUGAGGGAUCAGGGACUGGGGUGAAUUUGGGAGGUAUUUGUGGGAUUGAGGUCGGAGUGUUUAAGUGUGGAGGUGGGGUUAAACAGGCUGUUUUUGGGACAUGGGGCCUCGAAGGACCGAUACCUGGGCGCGAGCAACUGCGAUACGGACAGUACGGUGUUGUGGCUACGGAUGGGAUCAGUCCGCCACAGGCUUGGGAAGAGCCGUUGCAGAUUCACUUCUACAGUGGUAAGGAGAAGGGGCAGUGGGCGUGGCUGGGGUGGAAGGAGCUGGGAGUGAACUGA